CUCUGAACACUGACGGAGCCGAGACGAGAGGAGGCAACACGCUGCUGCUCCGACUCUCUCUCUCUCACACACACACACACACACACACACGUACACGGACCUCGUGGCCGAGCCCGGUCCGCAUCAGACGAGGAGAGCAGGCCGGCGACAGAGGGAGGAACCCGGCUACGAGCACUAGCGCGUGUGUGUGUGUGUCUCCCUCCUUUACGCACCAGCGGCACCCCGAGCGAGGGAGAGGAAACUCUUGCCCAACGAUGUCCGGGCUGAAGAAGCGGAACUCGAACCCGCUGGCCGACGCGGAGGAGGACAGGCACGUCACCCAGAGGAUGCUGUCCCCGGGCGGGGAGAAGGGGGACCCCGGCCCGGGCGGAGCGGCGGGGAGCGACGGCGAGGAGGGAGGAGGAGGAGGAGGAGGAGGAGGCGGCGGGCAGGACGGGGUCGUGCUGAAGAGGACCAUCACCCUGGUGAACGGCGUGGCCAUCAUCGUGGGCACCAUCAUCGGCUCGGGCAUCUUCGUGACGCCGACCGGCGUGGUGCGCGAGGUGGGCUCGGUGGGCCUGGCGCUGAUCGUGUGGUCCGUGUGCGGGGUCUUCUCCACGGUGGGCGCGCUGUGCUACGCGGAGCUGGGCACCACCAUCAGCAAGUCCGGCGGCGACUACGCCUACAUCCUGGAGGUGUACGGCUCGCUGCCCGCCUUCCUCAAGCUGUGGAUCGAGCUGCUCAUCAUCCGCCCGUCGUCGCAGUACAUCGUCGCCUACGUGUUCGCCACGUACCUCAUCAAGCCGCUGUUCCCCGACUGCCCGGUGCCGGAGAACGGGGCCAAGGUGGUGGCGUGCCUCUGCAUCCUCCUGUUGACCUUUGUGAACUGCUACAGCGUGAAGGCGGCCACCAGGGUCCAGGACUUCUUCGCCGCCGCCAAACUCCUGGCCCUCGGACUCAUCAUCAUCAUCGGCUUCGUCAAGAUCGGCCAAGGCGAAACCGACGGACUUCUUCCGGAGAAUUCCUUCAAGGGCUCCAAAUAUGAGUUCGGGAGCAUCGGCCUGGCGCUGUACAGCGGCCUGUUCGCCUACGGUGGCUGGAACUACUUGAAUUUCGUCACGGAGGAGAUGAUUGACCCGUACAAGAACCUUCCGCGGGCCAUCAUCAUCUCUCUGCCCAUAGUGACGGCCGUGUACGUCCUGACCAACCUGGCCUACUUCACCACGCUGUCCCCGGAUCAGAUGCUCAACUCGGAGGCCGUCGCCGUGGAUUUUGGUAACGCCCACUUGGGUCCGAUGGCCUGGAUCAUCCCGGUGUUCGUAGGUCUCUCGUGCUUCGGAUCGGUCAACGGUUCUCUGUUCACAUCGUCCAGGUUAUUCUUUGUGGGGUCCCGGGAGGGUCACCUGCCCAGUCUGCUGUCGAUGAUCCACCCGACCCUGCUGACGCCACUGCCCUCACUUUUAUUCACUUGUGCGAUGACGCUGCUCUACGCGCUCUCCAACGACAUCUUCUCCGUCAUCAACUUCUUCAGCUUCUUCAACUGGCUCUGCAUCGCCAUGGCGAUCGUCGGGAUGAUGUGGCUCCGCUACAAGAAGCCCGAGUUGGAGCGACCCAUCAAGGUGAACAUCCUGCUGCCGGUGAGCUUCGUGCUGGCCUGCCUCUUCCUCAUCAUCGUCUCCUUCUGGAAAACGCCGGUGGAGUGCGCCAUCGGCUUCGGCAUCAUCGGCACCGGCGUGCCCGUCUACCUGCUGGGCGUGUGGUGGAAGACCAAACCCAAGUGGCUGCUGCACGGAAUCUUCACGACGACGGCCUUCUGUCAGAAGGUGAUGGAGGUGGUGCCUCAGUCCUAAAAGGGCCACGCCCCCCGACUUCAGCCCCCGCGGCCAAUGGGAUUCAACGAACACUGACCUCUGGGCUCUGACCUUACAGCAGACCUUACUCGACCUCUGUUGACGCCUUUCGACCCUCUCUCUCUCUCACACACACACACACACACACACACACACACACACACACACACACACACACACACCCUGUCUGCAGGGUGCUGAUAAGGACCUGAUGAAGCCGGACACACGUGAAGCCGCUGCCGCGUUUCUGCGGACUAGUUUUCUUUUCUUUUUUUGAAUUUUGUGGUUGACAGUUCUUUCAGCUGUUAUGUUUAGCGUGGACAAUUUUUUUUGUAGUCACUAACUUUCCUUCGUAGGCCGUCGCGCAUCGUUGCUGUCGCUGUUUUUACGAUGCAUUACGAUGACUCGUUUUCAUUUUAUUGUCAUUUUCUGUGUGUGAGUAAGUUUCUCUAAAAAACGUUUGGCAAGUUGUGCCUUACGUGGCCGAUGUCGACCUGUUGGCUGUGACAUUGAUGUUCCCGGUGGUGAUGACACGUGUACAGUGGAAAACCUUCGCAACUGGGCGCUCCCUGGAACCGAGUUUUUCUCUUCAGUUGUCGCCGAGCGUGAUCGGUGUUCUCGGAUAUUCGCAAACAUUCGGCCCCGGCUGCAGUUAUUCCGAUCCUCUAGCACUCUUAAAUUUAAAAGUCUCGCGCUGUCGUCGAGUCCCGAACUGACCCGAACUCUCGGCCUCUUUGGUGUCAUCGGUCUGUAAACCGCUCGUCGUUGUCCGUGUGGUUUUAAAGUUGUCAAUGUUUGCCCUGGACAUUUUGUGGAACCUUUCCCGCCAGACCCCUUCGUAAAAAUUUCAGAAAAAAUAUUCGAGUGAGCCCUCCGAACCCCUCGCCUGAAUGUUUACAGAAAGUUUGGGAGAAAAAGAGAAAAAAAUCUGGAUAGUCAUGUUGUUUUUUUAUGGUAAACGCGAGUUCACUUAUGUGCAGCCUACUGAUGUCACCUCACAGGGUUUCUGGGUAUUGAAGUUUAAAUGCUACUGAGCUUGCACUGCAUUUUUGUUUUUAAUGAUCACGUCAUCGUCAGCUUGACAGAGGUGCGUGUAUUUGUAUAUAUACACGUAAAUACGCUGUUAAAACUUCAUGACACUUACUGUAAUAAAGUCUCUGACCAGUAGCGCGCACACAGCAAACUUAACAAACGUGUGUGUGCGCGUGCGUGCGUGCGUGCGUGCAUUGAGAAAAAGCAGUUUCUUGUUAUCAGACAGACAGAUUAACCUGAACUUCUUAACUAACAUGCAGGUAUGAAAUUUACAUGUCACACUAUUCAACACUACUGGUUCCUGAUGUGGGUGGAGGUGAAAGGUCGGAGAGGAUAAAACAAGCAAAAAAAACAAGCUUCAGUCCGUGGAGAGAAAAGCGGGAGAGGAAAUGGAUUUGUUUUUUGUGGCGUCAGAACACGACAUGAACUGAUAGUUUUUAUUUUUCAUCCUCACGUGUUUUUUCCUUUUUUUCUCUCUCCUCACUCAGCUGAGAGAAAAAGUUAGAGCUGUAUUAUUAACGUCGACCCUCUUCCUGCUUACGGACCAAAAGUACACGACCAUGGCAACGUCCUUUGCAUAAGAGACAGCCUGCGUUGGAGGUCGGGAGAGUCGUUGCCAUGGAGACGGGAUGCAGGAGGAGCUAAUGGGUUUCAUGUUUUAGCGGGUAGAACCUCUCUAACACUCCAGCCGUCGUCGCACGAAGCCGACGGCCGACACUAACCCAAGUAGGAAUGAUAGAAAGUUUUUAUUUAUUUAUUUUUUAGAAGCUACAUGGUUGUUUAUUGUUUAGUGCCUCUAAUUUGUUUUACGGGGCAUUUUGUGGAAAAGUGCUUUACAAAAUAAAUCUAGAGUCUUUUUUUUUUUGCA